CGGCCCCAUUUUCUACUCACACUCACAAACAUCAACUUUGCGUGAAUCAAAAUCCAUAUCAACAGUUAAUCCAUAUGAACAAGAAAUCAUUUUUUCUACUUUUAAUUCAAUUUUUCGAUUUCUUUUUUCCUUAGAAUAAAAAAAAAAUGCAAAAUAUUAUCCGAAAUCAUUUUUGUCCAUAUUCCGCAAUUUUGCUUGUUUUAAAUUAAUAUAUUUUCUUGAAAAACGUGGUGCUAUUCCCUGCUAAAACCUCCACACAAAUCAGCAGAGCUGCCAUUUUUUUUUAGUUCUCUUUUUCACCUACAAUGGUAAUGACAAGAUUAAGAGGAGUUCGGAUUGUAUUAAUGGUGCCUUGAAUUCGAUCGACGGAAAACCAAACCCUAGCACACAAUUUUUUUUUUUUUUCUGAUCACAAACCGCUUCAAUUUUCAAUUCAGUCGAAGAAAAAAAAAAUGAAAACCCUGACCCGGUUCUUCUCCCGGACCCGAAUUGCCAACCCGAAUCCGGAACCGAGUUUGCACCGGACCGGAGAGACGAGUGGUGUAGGACGAGAAACGGCGGCCGCCGAAACAGUUGCCGUGAUAGGUGAAAUGCCGCCGCCGCCUCUGGCGGCGGCGGCGGCCGAGGAAGAGAGGAGAAGGGCGUUGAUGGAAAAACCGCCGACUGAUGACGUAUGCCCUAUUUGCUUUGGGGAUUUUGAUGUUCCGUGCAGGGGGCCUUGUGGCCACUGGUACUGCGGGAAUUGUAUCUUGCAGUACUGGAACUUUUGUUAUUCGUUUCGGCCGUGCAAGUGUCCUAUGUGCUCGCAGCGCAUAACGAAGUUGACGGCCGAGGCGUCAUUGUAUCAGAAACGGGAAGUCGAGAUUCGUAAAAUUUUGCAGAAUGUUGAUGAAUAUAACCGCUUACAUUUGGGAGGCAUUUCUGGAUUGACGACGAAACUUCUUUUUGCUGUAACAUUGUGCAUGAAGAGAAGGUUCCGUCGGAUGUUGGAUGACGACGAACCUGCUGUUAUUCUCAGUGACAUGCGCUUAAUUGCAAUGUUCUUUGGAUUGCUGUACUCGUUCAUCCCCUUUGACUUCCUCAGAAUAGGUGGACUAAACGUCAAUUAUGUGUUGGAGGGUACUGCAUGUGCACUCACACUCACGGUGUUUCUUGUUCGCCUUUAUCUUCGUCGAAGGCGCCUCCGAAAUCUUAGAGAACUGGCUGACUUGCAGGCCGAGCGCAAUUGAAAAAGUUUCUGCACUUCAAUAGAAAAAAAAAUGGAUAGAUUUUUUGGCUUAUGCGGAGUUUUUUGUUUUGUUUUUUUUUUUUUUUUACGUCGCAUUAGUACAAAUGAAUGUCGAAAAAUCUGUGUUUUCGAAUUUGUAGAAAGAGAAUCUCCGGUAACAGUUACAAAUGUUGCUUCUUUUUGUUUCGGAAAUUAGCAAAUGUAUGCCCAUGUAUAUAUAUAUGUUGGAGCACUGUGGAUUUUUGUGUAGAAGUUUUGUUGUAUUAGUUUUGUUCUUU